AUGCCUAGGAAGCUCUGUCUUCAGGUCAUCGCCAGCACAUACAUUUAUGGAUUCACUGUGGGGCUGGCACAUGCAGUGGCAACCUUCCACUUGUCUUUCUGUGGUGCUAAUGUUGUCAACCACUUCUACUGUGAUGAUGUUCCCUUAAUUGCUCUGGCUUGUUCUGACACUCAUGUCAAAGAGCUGAUGAUGCUAAUCACUGCUGGCUUCAACAUACUCUGUUCUCUGGUGAUUGUGGUUAUUUCUUACGUCUUUAUUGUUUUUGCCAUCCUGAGGAUUCAUUCUGCUGAAGGAAGAAGGAAAGCCUUUUCCACUUGUGCAUCCCACCUGACAUCAAUCACCAUAUUUUAUGGGACGAUCAUUUUUAUGUACCUGCAGCCCAAGUCAAGCCAUUCUCUAAACACAGAUAAAAUUGCUUCUGUGUUUUAUGUGGUAGUAAUUCCCAUGUUAAACCCACUGAUCUACAGCUUAAGAAAUCAGGAGGUUAAAAAUGCCCUGAAGCGAUUUACUCAAAAAUUGUCUUUUAUCAUCCCUUAUUCCAGAAAUUCUAGGUAG